ACUCUUGGCCAGACAACCUUAUGCUUCAGUGGAUUUUUAUUCUCUUCUCUCGAAAUAUUCGCCUUCAGUCUAUCGUUGUCUGUCUGCUGAUCCACUCGCAUUUCCAGCGACACCUUAACACUAUCCCCCAAAUACUUCCCAAGUCACUUCUCACCUGUUGCGCCUCUAUUUCGUGUGGAUUUAAUAGUGCCCAGCAAAAAAAAAGUGCUUUAGGACUUAAGUGAAACUCUUGUGAAAAUUUUAAACAAUUUUGAUGUGAUUGCAAAACAAAUAAAAGAUUUCCUAUCUCCAUUUCCAUCGUCUUUUUUGUCUGUGUUUCUCUUUAAGAUCGAUGUGCCAUCGAAGAUUGCGGAUAAGUUGAGUGUUAAGUGUUGGACGGUACGACAAAAAUUAAAAAUUAUAGUGUCUUGGUGCAUAAAAAUGCCAAUAAAAUUGAGUGUUGAACAUUUCACAUUAAUUGCCCUCCAAGCAAUUUUAUUAACAUCUUUAGUCAUCAUUGCAACUGCCAAAGGCCUUCCGGGCACCCAAGACAAAUUGCGUGUCUGCAUUUUGGAUGGACGUGGAUCAUUCAACAAAUCCCACAAAUACUGCCCAAUUCUCGAGGAAACCUCCAACAUUGAAUGUGUCAUUGGAGUUGAUCGUUUAGACUGUGUUCGUCGAAUUAACAAGGGAUCAGCGCAUUUUGGGGUCUUUUCAGCUGAAGAUCUCAUCGCUGCAAGAUGGGCAGGAGUUGAGGUUCUUGUAACUAAUGAAAUGCGCUUCAAUCAUGCCCCUUUUGAAUAUGAAAUCGUGGCUGUUGUGGACAAUGAAGCCGGUAUUAAUACCCCACAUGAUCUCAGAGGGAGCAAAUUUUGUCAUCCAGGACAUGGGCUCCACAAUCACUGGACUGAUGUCCUGGCAAAUUACUUUGAAUCUAUGCUCGUGGCCAGACAAUGCGAUGACGAUCUUUCUCUAGCAGAAUCAAGGAUCAAGGCAUCAUCAAAAUUCUUCGGACCAUCUUGCAAAGCAGGCCCAUGGGUACCGGAUCCAAUAGAAGAUCGCAUUUUAAAAAAGCGCUAUCCAUCCCUAUGCCAAAUCUGUGGAAAUCCUGAACACUGUGGAAUCGGGGACAAGCACUGGGGCCGUCGAGGACCACUAUACUGCCUCACCAGUGGAGCUGGUGAGGUAGCCUGGGUUCGCCUCGAUGAUGUUCGUAGUCAUUUCGGACUCAGUGGCCUUCCAGCGGAAUCCGAUCCCUCCAGCUUCAGUCUCCUCUGUCCAGACGGACACUUGCAACCCAUCAACACAAAAUACCCUUGUGUCUGGGUAGCUAAACCCUGGCCAGCAAUAGCCGUCAAGAGAGAGUACUCUGAGAGAAUUACAGAACUCCUAGAGCAACUAUCUCAUGAUGACUUAAAAAGUUGGCAGAAUGCCCUACUAAAUCUUCUGGAGACCUAUCAUGUGGACGUGACUCCUUUAGACAUCUCCAUGCCUAUUGAGGAUUAUCUAGAUAGAGCGGUGGGCUUCCAGGGUUCAUAUUCUUUCCCAUCUUGCAAUCCCCCUCGUUCAAUUGUAUACUGCACGACUUCUAUCAUUCAACAUGCCAAGUGUUCCUGGCUUCAGGAAGCUGCAUCGGUUUAUGGAAUUGAACCCAAUCUUCAGUGCAUUCGUACUGAACACCUAGACAGAUGUAUGGACGACGUCAAACACAAAGUAUCGGACGUAGUACUUGUGUCUCAAGAUCAGAGAAUCAAAGCUGAGAGGGAAUAUUUCCUCAAACCCAUUCUUUAUGAAUUCUCCUCAGACUUUGAGAAAAGAUAUGCUGUUGUGGCUGUUGUUGGAGCCAAAUCCUCAAUUAAUAACUUAGAACAACUUAAGGGUAAAACAGCUUGCUUCCCUUCCUUCGAGGGAGCAGCUUUUCUUUCAGUUGGAGAAACUUUACUGAACAAAUCCCUAAUUCAACCAUUCUGCAAACCCUCCACUCAGGUAGAGAAUUUCUUCUCUGCCAAAUCGUGCCAUUCCAGUUCACGCAAAACCGGAAACUGUGAGAUUUACAAAGGAGAAGAAGGGGCUCUCAGAUGUUUGACCGAAGGACAUGGAGAUGUGGCAUUUAUAGGGAUUGAAACGUGGAAAGCAUUUGAGGAAGGAAACCUCAAAGGAACUUGGAGUAAAGCCUUCAAAGCCAGUGAAUAUAAAUUGCUGUGCCCAUUUGGAAAUACCAAAAAAAUACCUACUUGCUACCUCCACUGGACAGCUCCUGGACACCUCAUGAUUCACAACAGUACAAACCUCAUGCGCAGGAAUGAGAUUUACAAUUCUCUCAGGGAUAUGGAUAGACUGUUCGGAAAGACUUUCAGCACAAAAACCCAGACUUUUACACUUUUUGGGCCAUUUGACAAGAAGAAUGAUGUUCUUUUCAAAGAUGCAACAGAUGGCCUCAGAGGAUCAGUUGAUAUCCUCAAAGAUCGUGCAGAUCGCAGUUUGGAAACGACUUACAAGAAAUACGCCCAUGCAAAGUGUUUAUUCGGUGGAAGCUUUACUUUACAAACAACCAGCAAUAUUGUCCUAUUAGGAGCACUCCUCUUCCUUAAACUAUCCAGUAAAUUCUUCCUUCAUGCCAGUUGAAUUCAUACGGAAAACCGCUCUACAGCAACCCUCCCAACUUUAUUGCAAUUUUUAAUAGAAAUUGUCGAGAGAAAUUGUGAUAUUAAAUCAUUUAUUUAUA